CGUCAAUAAAGACACACGACAUUAAUAUUAUGGUUAUGAUGCCACGUAAUUUUAAAUAAAAUAUAAGAACAGUAAUGGGUAAUUCAGAAAGUAUUGAUAUUCCCGGAGGAGGUACUGAUGGAUACCAUAUACUCCGAGUACAAGAAAACUCUCCUGGUAGUAAAGUCGGAUUACAACCAUUUUUUGAUUUCAUUGUAGCUAUAAAUGGUACUAGAUUAGACAGAGACAAUGAUACCUUAAAACAAAUAUUGAAAAAUGGAAUUGGGAAACAACUUCCAUUAACCAUUUACAGCUGUAAAACACAAAGUGUACGAAGCGUAACUGUAGAACCAAGCGAUUCGUGGGGUGGUCAAGGAUUACUAGGAAUUAGUAUCAGAUUUUGUUCAUUUGAAGUUGCAAAGGAAAAUGUUUGGCACAUUUUGGAAGUUCAUCCAAAUUCUCCUGCAUCUUUGGCAGGUCUUAGACCAUUUUCUGAUUAUAUAAUCGGUUCAGAUUCUAUUUUGCAUGAAAGUGAAGACCUUUUUAAUUUAAUUGAAAACCACGAUGGUGUAAGUUUAAAGUUGUAUGUUUAUAACUCCGAUGAAGACAGUUGCAGAGAAAUUUCUAUAACUCCCAACUCACAGUGGGGAGGAGAAGGGUUGGUAGGAUGUGGCAUAGGUUAUGGGUAUUUACAUCGCAUUCCAGUCCGUAGUACUCCAAAAAAACCUAACACAGUUUAUAAACCUGGGGAAACUUCACAGAAUUUGCCCCCAAAAACUGUUGUAUUUAAUGUUCCUCCUGUUAAUACUGAUAAUAUUAAUGCAGAACUGCCUAAUAUGACAAAUUUAGUUCAAAGUACAGCCAGCUUGACAUCACAAGCAGGCCAAGGUACUACUGUAGCUUCUCUAACAACAGCACCCUCUAAUACACAAAUUGUAAGUAAUGAAGGAAACGGGCAACCUAUAAAUUCGACUUUUGCUAGCGCAAUUGCAAUGUCAACCAGUACUACUGAAGUAUAUAGUACUAAUUUGCCACCUCCUUCUUCAAUACCGCAAUUCAGUGUACCACCUAAUGUACAGCAUUUUUCAUCUAUGCCUACAUCAGUACCACCUACCAAUGAAGGUGUGCAACAAAUACCAAUGUAUGCUGCUCAGCCUCCAACUGUUUUUAAUCCAAACCUCAAUUACCAAAAUUUAGCUGCAUACAGUUAUCCCCAAAGUCAAUUUGGUAAUAUGCCAGUUUAUUCUAAUUAUUCACAGCCACAAGUUCAGGAGUUUAAUCAACCUAAUUUAUAUUCUGCUCCAACUAUUACUAAUAGUUCUCUUCCACCACCUCCACUUUCAGGUUUUCAAGCUAACCAAAAUAAACCUCUCAUAUUAGAUCCAACAAUUGCUGCCAGAUCGGCUCAACUAUUACUGAGUGGAAAUGUCUCCACUUCCAGCUAGAGGUAAAAUUAAUGCCAUCGUGAAGUUUGUUAUUCUAAUUUUCUCGGUUAUGCAAUAUUUAAUACAUUAAAUAUGUAAAAGAGGCAUUAAAUCUGUUAGUUCACAUAAGAAAAAUUCUAAAUUAUACAGGGGUAACUAAAAUGCUUGGAGGGAUUCUAUGUCGUAAUUUAAUUAAAAAUAUUAGUUUAAACAUUUCUGAAGAUGCUUAAAUUUUAGGAUACAAAUAAAACAUUUUUUAAUAAAACGACUAUUUCAUUCUUAGACAUGCAGUUUUAGUUUUUAAUUGUUCACAAAUUGAUGUAGAUACCAUAAUUUUUUUGUACAGGGUGUACCUAACAAAAAUAAACU